UUUCAGGUGUAGACAGGUAUAGCUACUGCUCGCUCUCUGGAGCCAGUGCCCGGCUUCUCCACUGGAGAGUGGUGUGAGCUUAAUCUCUAGGCGGCUGAAUUUCUUCAUGUGUCGAAUGCGUUGUGUAUGUACACACUCACAUGCACGUUUGUUUUACUGUGCUUUAUUACAUAAUAUGCCACGCAAUACUUUGUGUGAAAUACAUAACAGUAUAAAAUGUGUAUCUGUGCACGUCUACAGAGGAGGGGAGUACUAACCUACUUUACAUGCUCCUGAAGAAUAUUGAAAGAUGUUUGUUCCAAGAUCUUUAAAAAUCAAGAGGACUGCUAGCGAUGAUGGCAAAAGCUGUGCAGCUAAGAAAAUCAAACCAGAAGCAGACGACCUUCCGCUGGACAAAGGUAGCGAUGUUCCAGUUGAUGCUUUAGCGACAGAAGAAGCUACAACACCCCACAGGCACAGCAGUGAACCUUGCCCCUCGCCCAGGCCAGCUGGCCAAAUGGCUGAGGUUUCUUUGGUAGGAUCUGAGCAGGGUUCCCAGGACAGCCACCCUGCUGAGGAGCCUGUGAAGUCAUUUUCCAAAACCCAGCGCUGGGCGGAACCUGGGGAACCCGUCUGUGUUGUCUGUGGGCGUUAUGGAGAGUAUAUCUGUGACAAGACGGACGAAGAUGUGUGCAGCUUGGAGUGUAAAGCAAAACAUCUUCUCCAAGUUAAGGAAAAGGAAGAGAAAUUAAAACUCAGCAGUCCACAGGAGGCUGGCCCUGAGCCAGUCUUUCCACUUAAUGCUUUGUAUGUCUACAAAGAGCACCCCUUUAUUUUGAACCUUCGAGAGGACCAGAUAGAAAAUCUUAAACAGCAGCUGGGAAUUUCAGUUCAAGGGCAGCAAGUCGCCAGGCCCAUUAUUGACUUUGAACAUUGUGGUUUCCCCGAGGCCUUAAAUCUCAACUUGAAGAAGUCAGGCUACGAGGUGCCAACCCCUGUCCAAAUGCAAAUGAUUCCCGUGGGGCUUCUGGGAAGAGACAUCCUGGCCAGUGCUGAUACUGGCUCAGGAAAGACCGCCGCUUUCCUUCUUCCCGUUAUCAUCCGAGCUUUAUUUGAAAGCCAAACUCCGUCCGCACUCGUUCUCACACCCACAAGAGAGUUGGCCAUUCAGAUAGAGAGGCAAGCGAAAGAGCUGAUGAGUGGCCUGCCACGCAUGAAGACUGUGCUUCUCGUAGGGGGCCUGCCCUUGCCCCCACAGCUUCACCGUUUGCGACAACACGUUAAGGUGAUCGUAGCGACCCCUGGGCGACUUCUGGACAUAAUCAAGCAGGGCUCUGUAGAGCUCCACGGCAUAAAAAUUGUAGUAGUAGAUGAAGCUGAUACCAUGUUAAAGAUGGGCUUUCAACAGCAAGUGCUUGACAUUUUGGAAAACGUUCCUAAUGAUUGUCAGACCAUUUUGGUUUCAGCCACAAUUCCAACUAGCAUAGAACAACUUGCAAACCGGCUUCUGCACGACCCUGUGAGAAUUACCACCGGAGGAAAGAACCUACCUUGCUCCAAUGUGCGUCAGAUUAUUUUGUGGGUGGAAGACCCAGCCAAGAAGAAAAAAUUAUUUGAAAUCUUAAAUGAUAAGAAACUCUUUAAGCCCCCGGUGUUAGUAUUCGUGGAUUGCAAGCUGGGAGCAGAUCUGUUGAGUGAGGCAGUUGAGAAAAUCACGGGCCUGAAAAGCACAUCUAUACACUCGGAGAAGUCACAAACAGAAAGGAAAAACAUACUGAAGGGAUUACUUGAAGGAGACUACGAAGUUGUAGUGAGCACAGGAGUCCUGGGACGAGGCCUGGACUUGAUCAGUGUCAAGCUGGUUGUCAAUUUUGAUAUGCCUUCAAGCAUGGAUGAGUACGUGCAUCAGGUUGGAAGAGUGGGGAGAUUAGGUCAAAAUGGAACAGCGAUUACUUUCAUCAAUAAUAAUUCAAAAAGACUCUUCUGGGAUGUUGCAAAAAGAGUAAAACCCACAGGAUCCAUUCUUCCCCCACAGUUACUAAACUCUCCUUACCUUCAUGACCAGAAGAGAAAGGAGCAACAGAAAGAUAAACAGACACAGAGUGAUCUGGUUACAGGCGCUAAUCUUAUGGACAUUAUUAAAAAACAUGAUAAGAAUAGUUCUCAGAAAUGAUUUGUUAUGCCACUUGGAGUAAUGCUUUAGGUGUUAAUUUUUGUCAGCAAAAUUUCUAUAAAUUAUUACAGUAUGAUUUGAGCAGAUGGAAAUGUACAUGAAAUGUGAAAAUCUAAAAUAUCCUUUUUAAAACUUUAUACAGCAAUAUUGUAUUUAUUUCCCUUCCUAAUUCUCAUAAAUUUUAAAUGAUAUGAGGAAAUGAAUUGCUAAAUAAAAUGAUAAAAGUGCUUUUGCUUUUGUUUUUAAAUAGUCUUCAGAGUUACUGUCAAAACUAGAAGCUUCUGCAGCAAGGAAUGGCUCAGGAUGGUGAUUCUUCACUUGAAGCAGUAAGUGAAUGAGUAUUAGGAAGGAAAUAAAUGAUAGAAACUAGAAAAAAUGAUUGGAACUACUUUUGAAGAUAAAAUAGAAAUGUCUUUCUAUUCUCAGUUGUUUUUCCUUUAGCUCUGUUGACUUAACUUUUUAUAUUUAAUAUGAGCUGCUUAUCAAAAUAAUGACAAAUUAUGUUAAUGUUGCUUUACUGUUAUAGCUUUAUGUUAAUGUCACUUUGCCAAUUCAGUGAAAAAUGUUAAAUACUGGAAGGAAGGAUGGUUGUUUGACUUGGAGUCAUUUUCACUUUUAGUUUCUUUUAAAACAGUUAGCAUUGUGCCAGCCCUGUAGUCUGGUGGUUAAGGGAGACAGAUUCCACAGGGCCAGGUGCAAUUCAAAUCCUUGCUCUAGCGCAUCUCGAAAAACAUGCCAGGUACGUGUGCAUGCAGGCCCCACCUCCCGACAGAGUGAAGAAAUGGAGGCGAAGGGAUUGGGACAGAGCGAUCACCAUACCUGUUGAAAGUGCUCUCUCCUCCCUCCCUGUCUUUCUGGCUAGAGCACAUGCCCUCUGGCGAACUUAUUAAGAAAGUAAAAAACUGUUAGCAUCCACUUAGUUGGGGAAUUUGUGGAUAGUUUGUUAGACAGAUAUUGACACUUAAACAAGCUUUAUAGCCUCAGCAUUUGUGCAGAGAGGGUCUGGGAGGUUUAUAAUGGAAAACUAACAGGAGGCCCUGUUUAGUUUGUUUCUUAGUACCGUCUCCACCACUGGGAAAGGGGUGGGGGUCCCCACAGAGGUAUGAGCUCCCAGACGCUGGCUGUCUUUGUAUCUGCUGACUGUUAAGUGGUAUGUCUGAUUCCAGGAGGACCAGGGAGGCUGCUGUAAGGGGCCAGGGUGCGACAGCGAAGGUGCUUUGGGAGGCCACACUCCAAAGCCUUGGGACAAUGUUUAAAAUGCUCUAAACAUGGCAAUAAUAACUACUAGAAAAAUGGACAGCUUUUUACGAGACUCAAAAAAUCAUUCAUAAAAGUCGUACGACCAGCGAAUCAGCCUUUACAGGAGUCUAAGCAAAAAUAAAUACUGUCUUAGAACAGCA